CGAACACACACACACACCUCCGCGUCGCGUGUCGAUGCAACCACUGGAAAAGGCACGGAACGGCAAGCCAAGGCAAUGGCCAACGUGCAGCAGACCCAGGCCUUCUAUGCCCUCACCCUCGAAGCUCCUUCAGCACCCACCGCUGCUGUCCUGUGCAAUGUGAUCCCCGGACUCAAGGCCGGCGACCAGCAGAUCUUCGAGGCGCGAGGCCAACAUGUCCUCCUCCACCGCAUCACCGAGAGCGCCGACAGGACAGAGCGCAAAAUCACCACCGUCUGCGAUCAGGAUGUCUUUGGCAUUGUGCGCGGUGUGGCCGCCUUUCGCAUCCCCGCCACGGCAACAGACCAGCUUGUCAUAUCAUCCGACUCGGGCCGAGUAGCCAUGCUCCAGUACGACAACGAAAAGAGCGCCUUCAAGCGCGUGCAUCUGGAGACGUAUGGAAAGUCGGGUGUACGACGGACCAUUCCGGGUCAAUACCUGGCGAGCGAUCCGCGAGGACGAUGCAUCAUGAUGGCGAGCGUGGAGAAGAACAAAGUGGUGUACAUGCUGAACAGAGACUCCAAUGGGACAAUUCUCAUCUCGAGUCCGCACGAGGCCAAUCAAUGGGGCAGCUUGUGUUUCGCUCUGUGCGCACUGGACACCGGAUGGGAGCCUCCGAUCUUUGCGACUCUUGAAGUCGAAUACACGGAGGCAGAGGGCGAUCCUACCGGCGAGGCAUACGAGAAGCGGGAGAAACAGUUGGUGUACUAUACGGUGGACAUGGGCCUCAAUCAUGUGGUCAAAACCUGGAGCGAGCCAGUGGACUACUCCGCAAACAUGCUCUUUGGCGUGCCAGGAGGUCAGGACGGACCGUCGGGCACGCUCGUAUGCUGCGAAGACCGAAUAUACUACAAACACGACAAGGCGGCGUCCUUGUGUAUAGCUAUUCCUCGAAGAGAAGGCGCAACAGAGGACAAGGAGCGCAAAAGGCAGAUUGUAGCGGGCUGCUUGCAUCUGGCGAAGACGAGACACGAAUUCUUCUUUUUUCUCCAGACCGAGGACGGCGAUGUGUUCAAGCUGACCAUCACCAUGGCCACGGAUGCGCAAGGGCGUCAGACUGCAGACCCGGAGCAGAUCACCAUGAAGUACUACGACACUUUCCCCGUCGCAAGACAGAUGUUGUUGCACAAGAAAGGUUUCCUGUACAUCGCAACAGAAGACGGCAACAGCAAGCUGUUUCACAUCGAUGACCUCGCGGACGAUCCCGACUUUGAGCCACACAACACAUUCACGUCAGAUGGCGUAUCUGCAGACCCCGAGGAACCGAUCGAGCCCACGUACUUCAAGCCGCGUGAGCUGACCAUGACACAUCUCGCUGUCGAUGUCCCUGGCCUGCAUCCGCUCAUGAAAACGAGAGUGGACAACCUGACUGGCGAGGAUGCUCCCCAAAUUUAUGGCAUUCAAGGCAAGGGCAACCGAAGUCAGUUCAAGACCAUCAGACAUGGUCUAGAUGUCGAGGUUCUGAUCAACAACAGCAUGGGCAACGUGCCUUAUGACAACAUCUGGACUUUCAAGCACCGAACAACGGAUGAACACCACAGAUAUCUCCUGUUGAGUAGCAACUACGGCGACCUGACCAUUGCGUGUUCCAUUGGAGAUUCGGUAGAGCAAAUCGAGAACUCCAACUUUCUGGAGAAUCGAGCUACUGUGCACGCGGAGCAGAUGGGCGACGCCGUGCUCGUACAAGUUCACGCUCGGGGUAUUCGCUCCAUCUACCAGGACGGUAAAUUGAACGAGUGGAACACACCUGCACACCGCACGUGUGUCGUAGCGUCUGCCAACCAGCGCCAGUUGUUGCUGGGACUGAGCUCGGCUGAGUUGUGCUUCUUCUGGAUGGGCGAAGACGAGAUCCUCGUGCAGCUGGAAGAAAUGCCUGAGAUGAGUGGCAAGAUUACGGCCAUUUCCGUAGGCUCGACACCCAAGGGUCGACAACAAGCAAAGUAUGCCGUCGUCGGUUGCGACGACUGCACCAUCCGUGUGCUCAGCAUUGAGCUUGACUCCCCGCUGGAGGCACGAAGUGUGCAAGCUCUCUCAGCGGUCCCCACUUCACUGGAAGUCGUGGAGAUGCUCGACCCUGCUUCUGGUACCACUGUCAAUGUCGUGCACAUCGGUCUGCAGUCUGGUCUGUACUUGCGCGCCAUCAUCGACGAGACCACCGGAGAGUUGGGUGAUGUCAGGACAAAGUUUCUCGGCACCAAAGCUCCUCGACUAUGCCCAGUGCAGGUAGAAGACGAGGAGUGUGUACUCGCUUGUUCCACCAGACCAUGGGUCGGCUACAAUCACCCGCAAACCGGCCAGUACACAAUUACACCUUUGAUUGCGGAGAAAAUGGAGGCUGCACGAUCUUUCAUCAGUCCCGAUCUGAGCGGACUCUGCGCCAUCCAGGGAUCGUCACUUCUCAUAUUCCAGCUUCCGUCGGUAGAAGGCAGACUGUCUCACAGUUCCGUGCAGUUAAACAACACACCGCGUGGCAUGGCUCGACAUCCGUAUUAUCAAAUCUGGUACACAGUCCAGUCUGACGGAAACACACUGUCGAAAGCUACCCGUGACCAGCUUCGGGGGAGCCCGAUUGAUGACGACGAAGAAGCGAUGGCGCUUGAGCGACACCUGGGACUACCGCGCGGCAAUACUCAUUGGGCAUCGUGUAUCCAAGCCAUCGACCCCAUCAAUCGGCAAGCUGUUGUGUCGACGGUCGAAAUGGGAGACAAUGAGGCUGCACUCUGCUGCGCAUGUGUUGCGUUCGAGUCGCGAAACUGGGAAGUCUUUCUCGCUGUUGGUACGGGACAACAUAUGUCACCCGGAACUGGACUCCAGGCUGCAGGCUAUGUGCACAUCUUCAAGCUGGAAGAGGACGGCACCAAGCUGACCUUUGUUCACAAAACCAAGUUCGAUCAGCCCGUCUACGCUUUGCUACCAUUCCACGGUCGGUUGGCAUUGGGUGUAGGCAACGAACUUUUCAUCUACGACAUCGGACAGAAAGCCCUGCUCCGAAAAGCUCGUGGCCAAGCCACACCAAACCAGAUCGUCUCGCUGGAAUCGCAUGGUCAGCGAAUCAUCUGCGGAGAUGUGAGCGAGGGUGUCACGUACAUGGUAUACAAGCCUGGAUACAACCGACUCAUCCCUUUCGUGGACGACGUCGUCCAACGAUGGACCACAGGAACCACCAUGAUCGACUACGAGACUACCGCUGGUGGCGACAAGUUUGGCAACUUGUGGGUGGUGCGAUGUCCGGAACAGCCCAGUCAAGAAGCAGACGAAGAGGGUGCGGGCGGUUUCAUCAUGAACGAGCGAAGCUAUCUCGGCGGUGCACCGUACCGCUUGGAUCUACGUGCACACUACUACUGUCAGGACAUCCCCAUGAGCUUGCAACGCACUGCACUUGUGGCUGGCGGUCAGGAAGUACUUUUCUGGUCUGGUCUACAGGGGACGCUGGGCAUGCUCGUGCCAUUUGUCACUCGUGAGGAUGUCGAGUUCUUCACCUCAUUGGAACAACAGUUACGUAUCGAGGACCCGCCACUUGCGGGACGUGACCAUCUCAUGUAUCGAUCGUAUUAUGUGCCUGUCAAGGGUGUCAUUGACGGUGACCUGUGUGAGCGAUUCAUGGCCUUGAGCUAUGACAGCAAACAAAAGGUGGCUGCCGAGGUUGAUCGAAGUGUGAAGGAGAUUGAGAAGAAAGUGCAGGAGAUGAGAACUCGCGUGGCGUUCUAAGCAUGGUGGUGUCGUACCUGGUACAUUGCUGGCACUACGUGAAUAUCAGCGCUGGAGCAUUGUAAGUGGUGGCUGCUCUUGUACGAUAACGAGAUCAGAAGCUGGAGAAGGUCCGCUGAUGAAGUAAAAUGAUAUCCAAUCUCAUGCACAGCAUGCAGAUCUUUUGCGAGACACCUUUCUCAUCCUUCGAGAGCGCUUGAAGCUCCCAUGAUUCCAUCUCCGUCCUCUGUGCAUAGUCUCACUUCUGAACAGAUGAUUUUCUCUCCGAUUCUCUCAUCUCAAUUGUCUUACCGUCUCCCCCUUCCCUUCUCCUUAGACACCAGAGGUAGUUUGGACGCUGGAGAGAAAGGCUGCACUUUUCUUUGUAGAUGAUGUUUUAUGUUUGUAUUGGACUAU